UCGUAUGGUGCGUUCGUAUAUAUAUAUAUAUAUAGACACGUCGCAGCACGACACAUGUUUGGUGGCUUUUCUCAACAACUAAAAAAGCCAUACAAACUGCCAUACAUACAGAGGUGAAUAUGGCGGACGUUUCUGAAAGGACGCUACAAGUUGCAAUCGCUUUUUCAUUCGCAGUAGGCUUCCUUUCUGGAUGGCAGGCCAACCGAGCGAGGAGGAAGUUCCUGGAUUGGAGAAAGAAACGGCUGCAGGAUAAACUCUCAGAAACACAGAAGAAACUGGACUUGGCAUAAAAGUGGAGUGGGGGUGUGUCAUCACCAAAAUAAAAUGUUGACCUGUCAAAGGGAGCUGUCAGAUCACGGACCUCCAAUAAAGGGAAUGGGGUCGUUGUCACAACCAGCAGAACUGAAGCAAGAUACAAAUACACGUUUCUGAACAUGUUUGUUUUGUGAUUUGGUGACAGUGUGUUUGCUGGGUCCGUCUUCUCAAAUGUGCUCCAGACAUCUUUCCAGACUACUGCCGUUUUACUUCUAAUAAAAGCAUGCGUUUUCUUA